AUGGCUAUCGCAGAAAACUACGAUGAGGUCCUAAAGGGCAAGUACCCAGCCAAGGAUCAUGCGAGGAAGGUCGCAAAAUGGAUUGUCGAUAAGGGUGGCGACAAGAAGGGAACGAUUUAUCUAGAAGCGCAGAAGCAGAAGCUCAAUGAGGACAAUGAUGGCGAAGCGCCGUUUCGCCAGCGACGCUACUUCUUCUACCUCAGCGGCUGUGAGCUGCCGGACUCUUACCUCACCUAUGAUUUCCCCAGCGACAAGCUGACCCUAUUCAUCCCUCCUGUCGAGCCAGAGGAGGUUAUCUGGUCUGGUUUGCCCAUGAGCCCUGAGGAGGCAAAGGCAAAGUACGAUAUUGACGACUGCAAAACUACGAAGGAAGUGAACCCUCAUCUGGCCAGCUCUUCGGAGACUGCUCAAUCGACCAUAUAUGCUAUCCCAGGGCAAAUCUCUGACGAGACCACGUUCCUCUCGUACCAGAACAAGGACCUAGAGCAACUGAAGACAGCUAUUGAGUACUGCCGAGUCACAAAGUCAGAUUACGAGAUUGCUCUCAUUCGCAAAGCAAAUGUCAUCUCAACAAAUGCCCACAUUAACGUCAUGAAGGCCGCAGCCAAGGCCCAGAACGAGUGCGAACUCGAGGCCGUCUUUCUCAAGUCAUGUGUUGAGCGCAACGCAAAGAACCAGGCCUAUCAUUCCAUCGUCGCAGCAGGCGAGAAUGGCGCGACUCUGCAUUACGUGCACAACGCCGCACCAAUCAAGAGCCAAAACCUCAUGCUCCUGGACGCUGGGUGCGAAGUUGACUGCUAUGCGUCGGACAUUACACGCACAUUUCCCAUCAAAGGAACAUUCACAGAUGAAUCACUCGCCAUUUACAAGAUUGUUCUCGACAUGCAGAAGCAAUGCAUCAACGCUCUCAAGGCCGGUGUACUAUGGGACUCCAUCCACGAGCUCGCACACAAGAUCGCAAUCAAAGGCCUGCUCGAACUCGGCAUACUGAAGGGUGAUGUAGAGCAGAUCUUCAAGGCGCGCACCAGCGUUGCAUUCUUCCCCCACGGUCUUGGUCACUACCUGGGCAUGGACACGCACGACACUGGCGGUAAUGCAAACUACGCGGACAAGGACCGCAUGUUCAGGUAUUUGCGUGUCAGGGGCACCUUGCCAGCGAGGAGUGUGAUUACAGUUGAGCCGGGGAUUUACUUCUGCCGGUUUAUCAUUGAGCCGUAUCUCAAGGAUGACCAGCAGAAGCAGUAUAUUGACGAGAAGGUGCUGGAAAAGUACUGGAGUGUUGGUGGUGUGAGGAUUGAGGACAACAUCUUGGUCACUGAGGACGGUAUUGAGAAUCUGACACCAACGCCGAAGGAGAUUGAUGAGAUUACGUCGCUGGUGAAAUCUGGAUGA